UGGAACCCGGCGCGGGGUCGGGCUAGCACCGCGGGUCGGAAGCUCCCGAGUGGGCACGGGCCGUUGCGAUGGCUGUGGCCGUGGCGCUGGCGGGAGCCGCCAUCGGAUCAGAACUGGGCCCCGCGGAAGAACUCGCCAAACUCGAGUACCUGUCUCUGGUGUCGAAGGUCUGCACUGAGCUGGACAAUCACUUGGGGAUCAACGACAAGGACCUGGCUGAAUUUGUUAUCAGUCUUGCUGAGAAAAACACCACCUUUGACAGCUUUAAGUCUUCUCUCGUCAAAAAUGGUGCAGAGUUUACGGAUUCUCUCAUUAGUAAUUUACUGCGUCUCAUCCAGACCAUGCGGCCUCCAGCGAAGCCUUCCGCUAGCAAAGAUCUCGUUGUUAAACCCAAAACUGAGAAAGAGAAGCUGAAGGAACUCUUCCCAGUCUUGUGCCAACCAGACAACCCUUCUGUUCGGACCAUGCUGGACGAAGAUGACGUGAAAGUAGCUGUGGAUGUUCUGAAAGAACUGGAGGCUUUGAUGCCCAGCGCUGCGGGCCAGGAAAAGCCGAGAGAUGCUGAGCACCGGGACAAGAUCAAAAAGAGGAAACGCAGUCGGAGCAGGAGCCGGAGCCGAGAGCGAGAGCGAGAGCGAGACAGGGAGCGGGAGCGGGAGCGGGACCGAGACCGAGACAGAGAGCGCGACCGGGACCGCAGUCGUGACCACAAGCGGAGACACCGCUCCCGCUCCCGGACCCGGGACAGGAAUAAAGGGAAGUCUAGAUACCGCUCCAGAAGCAGAAGUCAGAGUCCCCUCAAGGACCGGAAGGACCGAGACAAAUAUGGGGAGAGGAAUCUGGACAGAUGGCGGGAUAAGCAUGUGGACCGGCCUCCCCCUGAAGAACCGGCCAUCGGGGACAUCUACAACGGCAAAGUCACCAGCAUCAUGCAGUUUGGCUGCUUUGUGCAGCUGGAGGGCCUGAGGAAGCGGUGGGAAGGCCUGGUGCACAUCUCGGAGCUCCGGCGAGAGGGCCGCGUGGCCAACGUGGCUGACGUGGUGAGCAAAGGACAGAGGGUAAAGGUCAAAGUGCUGUCCUUCACCGGGACCAAGACCAGUCUGAGCAUGAAGGAUGUGGAUCAAGAGACCGGAGAAGAUCUCAACCCGAACCGGCGACGGAACCUUGUCGGGGAGACCAACGAGGAGACCUCCAUGCGGAACCCAGACAGACCCACGCACCUGUCUCUUGUCAGCGCUCCUGAGGUGGAGGACGACUCGUUGGAGCGGAAGCGCCUUACCCGCAUCUCUGACCCCGAGAAGUGGGAGAUCAAACAGAUGAUCGCGGCCAAUGUCCUUUCCAAAGAAGAGUUCCCAGACUUCGAUGAAGAGACUGGCAUUCUCCCUAAAGUAGAUGACGAAGAAGAUGAGGACCUCGAGAUCGAGCUGGUUGAGGAAGAGCCGCCGUUCCUGCGGGGACACACCAAGCAAAGCAUGGACAUGAGCCCUAUAAAAAUUGUGAAGAAUCCAGACGGCUCCCUCUCCCAAGCAGCGAUGAUGCAGAGUGCCCUGGCCAAGGAGAGGCGGGAGCUCAAGCAGGCCCAGCGGGAAGCGGAGAUGGAUUCUAUUCCCAUGGGGCUCAACAAGCACUGGGUUGAUCCUCUGCCUGAUGCGGAAGGCCGGCAGAUAGCUGCCAACAUGAGGGGUAUUGGGAUGAUGCCCAACGACAUUCCAGAGUGGAAGAAGCACGCCUUUGGGGGCAACAAGGCUUCGUACGGAAAAAAGACCCAGAUGUCCAUUCUCGAGCAGAGAGAGAGCUUGCCCAUCUACAAGCUGAAGGAGCAGCUGGUCCAGGCUGUGCAUGACAAUCAGAUCCUGAUAGUUAUCGGAGAGACGGGAUCUGGGAAGACGACACAGAUCACCCAGUACCUGGCAGAGGCGGGUUACACUUCCAGGGGCAAGAUUGGGUGCACCCAGCCCAGAAGAGUGGCAGCCAUGUCGGUGGCCAAACGAGUGUCGGAAGAGUUUGGUUGUUGCUUAGGCCAAGAGGUGGGCUACACCAUCCGGUUUGAGGACUGCACCAGCCCUGAGACAGUCAUCAAGUACAUGACAGACGGGAUGCUGCUCCGAGAGUGCCUGAUCGACCCCGACCUCACGCAGUACGCCAUCAUCAUGCUGGACGAGGCGCACGAGCGCACCAUCCACACGGAUGUGCUCUUUGGCCUGUUGAAAAAGACAGUUCAGAAGCGGCAGGACAUGAAGCUGAUUGUCACUUCGGCCACCUUGGAUGCAGUGAAGUUCUCCCAGUACUUCUACGAAGCUCCCAUUUUCACCAUCCCAGGCCGAACGUACCCCGUGGAGAUCCUGUACACCAAGGAGCCCGAGACAGAUUAUCUGGACGCCAGCCUGAUUACUGUCAUGCAGAUCCAUUUAACGGAACCACCAGGUGACAUCCUGGUGUUUCUGACUGGUCAGGAAGAGAUUGAUACCGCUUGUGAGAUCCUGUACGAAAGAAUGAAAUCGCUGGGGCCUGAUGUGCCAGAGCUGAUCAUCCUGCCCGUGUACUCGGCCCUGCCCAGUGAGAUGCAGACCCGCAUCUUCGACCCAGCUCCUCCUGGCAGCAGAAAGGUGGUGAUCGCCACCAACAUUGCAGAGACUUCGCUGACCAUUGAUGGCAUCUACUAUGUGGUGGACCCAGGUUUCGUGAAGCAGAAAGUUUAUAAUUCCAAAACAGGAAUUGACCAGCUGGUUGUGACUCCCAUUUCUCAGGCGCAGGCCAAGCAGCGUGCUGGCAGAGCUGGGAGAACCGGCCCAGGGAAGUGCUACCGGCUGUACACGGAACGCGCCUACCGGGACGAGAUGCUGACCACCAACGUGCCGGAAAUCCAGAGAACUAACUUGGCAAGCACGGUGCUGUCCCUCAAGGCCAUGGGCAUCAAUGACCUGCUGUCCUUUGACUUCAUGGAUGCGCCGCCAAUGGAGACGCUGAUCACCGCCAUGGAGCAGCUGUACACGCUGGGGGCCCUGGAUGACGAGGGCCUGCUCACCCGCCUGGGCCGCAGGAUGGCAGAAUUCCCCCUGGAGCCAAUGCUGUGCAAAAUGCUCAUCAUGUCCGUGCAUCUGGGCUGCAGUGAGGAGAUGCUGACCAUCGUGUCCAUGCUGUCGGUGCAGAAUGUCUUCUACAGACCCAAGGAUAAACAAGCCCUGGCGGAUCAGAAGAAGGCCAAGUUCCACCAGACGGAAGGGGACCACCUCACUCUACUGGCCGUGUACAACUCCUGGAAGAACAACAAGUUCUCCAAUCCCUGGUGCUAUGAGAACUUUAUCCAGGCCCGUUCCCUGCGCCGGGCCCAGGACAUUCGCAAACAGAUGUUAGGCAUAAUGGACAGACACAAGCUGGAUGUGGUCUCCUGUGGCAAGUCCACAGUCCGCGUGCAGAAAGCCAUCUGCAGUGGCUUCUUCCGUAACGCCGCUAAGAAAGACCCCCAGGAGGGUUACCGGACACUGAUCGACCAACAGGUGGUCUACAUCCACCCUUCCAGCGCGCUCUUCAACAGACAGCCCGAGUGGGUGGUGUACCACGAGCUCGUGCUGACGACGAAGGAGUACAUGCGUGAAGUGACCACCAUUGACCCCCGGUGGCUCGUGGAGUUUGCCCCGGCCUUCUUCAAGGUUUCCGACCCGACGAAGCUAAGCAAGCAGAAGAAGCAGCAGCGUCUGGAGCCCCUAUAUAACCGCUACGAGGAGCCCAACGCCUGGAGAAUCUCCCGGGCCUUCCGGCGGCGCUGAAAGGCGAGACUGGUCUGUUUGCCUCGAGUGCACUGGUGGGCCUGGGCUGGGCCUCCUUCUUCCUGGGGAAAAGCUGGUUGUGUGGAGACAGCUGGCCUGUGCCUACGUGUCUGAACUGGGCACUCUCUCACCCGGACUCCCACUUCUUCCCUGGUGGUAAACAGAAGCAGGGAUUUCCUCCCGGUGUGACCGAACCACCAGCUCCCACACCCCAGGUCAUGGAGCCAUUUGGUAUGGGGGUCUCCAUCAGCACAGGUACACAUCCCCGUGGAAGGGACAACUCGGCCCAGCCUGGGGAUGGAAUGCCCAGGGGAGCCGCAGGCACCCAGCCCCGUCUCGAACUGUCUUGGCAGGAGCUGGGACGCCCAUAGAAAGUGUUGGCGCCACUUCCUGCCCCCUCUCCAGCCCCUCUCUGGCCUUUUGCUUAACCUCCUGCUGCAAAUAUUUAUUUUUGUAAGGAAACAGAA